AGUUAUCAAAUCACGGCGGACAUUCGUCAUAAGAUACACACAAACGCAACACUUUCGAACGGCAGCUUCGUGAGAGCUGCCCGUGGUUACUUUUACGUUCGCGCAUUGUGAAAGUCGUCGGAAAACGCGAUGGAAACGUACGAGAGUGUCCUGCUGGUGAAAUCCGAAGUAUUCGUCUUCAAAAUUCCGCCAAGGUCAACCAACAGGGGUUAUCGGGCAGCUGACUGGAACUUGCAGGAGCCUUCAUGGACUGGUCGCAUGCGUCUGGUAUCGCAAGGAGACAGCAUAACGAUAAAACUAGAGGACAAGGUCACGGGCGAACUGUUUGCAAAGUGUCCGAUCGAGCAGUAUCCUGGAAUAGCUGUAGAAACAGUCACUGACUCUUCCCGAUAUUUUGUUCUGAGAAUUCAGGAUGACAAUGGGAGAUCGGCUUUCAUAGGUGUUGGUUUCUUAGAUAGGUCUGACAGUUUCGACUUGAAUGUCGCUCUUCAAGAUCAUUUCAAGUGGCUGAAGAAUCGGGAACAAAUUGAAAAGGAGAAGGAAAAACCGAAACAGGAGUUGGAUCUCAGGUUCAAGGAGGGUGAAACUAUCAAAAUCAACAUGAAGAUCACUAAAAAGGAUGGCAGCGAGGUCUCAUCCAAAGCAAGACAACGUACCAAUCCAGCCAUGGGUUUACCACCUCCACCUGGUGGUGUCAAAAUCGCACCGCCACCAGCGAAAACUCCAACAUCCUCACCAGCCCACAAACCACCGCAAAGUCAAAGUCAAGGUACUACAGGUUCAGAGUGGGGUGAAUUUGCCAGUGCUUCUCAGGCAGCAUCGGCACCCACACCCCCAGUGGCUAAUGCCAGUUGGGUGCAGUUUUAAUUUUCCAAACAUAUGUAUAUAACGUAAUAUAUGUAAUAUACACAUAGCAACAUCUGAAAUAGCAGUGCUAUAAGAAUCUAGAUUGUAACACAUACAGGGCAGUUUGCUCACAAGAUACUGUUGGAUUGUCGUUACUAUCAAGUGGACUAUCCUGUAUUGUAAUUCAGUGUUAAUUGUGUGCAUACAUGUAUUUUAAGUGCGCACGCACAGCUCGAGACUUUAAGGAUGAAUAUCGGAAGGGUGUCUGUGAAUAGCCGAAUUUGCCGAAAGAGUUUGAUGUAUAUUUCCAAUACUAUACAGUGUGUGACGAAAAUUAUAGUGGCAACGGGGAAAGGGGUAAUAUUUUCUCAUGGAAAGCAGUGGCUUUCGCGCAUACAAGACUCUUAGAGUUUCCUGAAGUUGAUAUAUAUUUUUCUCUAUGAAGAAGUAUUCCUUCCCGAUUGUUCUGUGAUUGGCUCUAGCACCCUGUAUGAUAGUAUUGUACUUAUAAAUACUGCUUGAGGACUCUCAAUAUUACUUUCGGAUAUCCAGUGUAUUUGAAUAAUGUAUUUGAAUAUGGAAUUCUUAUUCACAUAUAAAUGUCAAUAUCAGAUGCAUUUAGUGCCUUGUGUAAACUAGUUUUCAACGAAUUGGAAGUAAACUCAAGACGAUUCAAGACAAUGUUAGUACUUACAUGAAUGCAACGUAAUAAUCAGCUUCCUUUCGGCGAUCCUUUCCAACUUUCACAGAGAUUUGACUCAAGAAUACAUGACUGAAAAUGAUCACUUAAACUUUUAAUGCUCAGACAUCAUGGAAUAAGUAUUUUUGAACAUUGAGAAAAAAGGCAGAUCUAAUUUAUACAAUUCUGAUUUUCUGAGUAUUGACUACGCUAAUUAUUCUAUCGCGCAAUAUGGAUUAUCAUUGGAAGCAUAAUGCAUAUAUAUCUUGAGUAUGCAUUUAAUGUAAUUGACCGCUUGACCUCGGCUGUUAGCUAACGAUUUCAAUCGUUGUAAAUAUUACAGAGCCUACUGUAAAAACAGGGCCUAUUUUUCUCUUGUACACUGGAUGUCCAUAAAGUUCUUCACAUUCAAUCUUAAUACAAUCGUAUUCCCUCCGUACGAAUACGUGUUUUCGUUUUGAAUUUUCAUUCGUUGAAAUUAAGUUUCUACUAUUUCAAAUAAUACAUCUUUCAACCUGUGUUCUUUUUCUCCAAAAGUAUUUUUUUCGUUUGCCGUCUAAGAUAUAUUAAUUAUUCAUUAGCCAAAGGCACAUUAUAUUAUUAAUAAUAUUUUGUAAAAAAUAUAAGCCUAAUGUAUCUGUAGGGGAGAAUAUUUAACUACAUUAUAGGAAAUAUUAUAUUUUUUGCAUUUUUUUCCUUUUUUGGACUUUAGCAGAUAUUUAUUUUCUAAUUACAAGAACAAUUCUAAAUUAAAUUUCGAGAAAUUAAGCGGAAAUUUUUGCAGAUUGAAUUUUAGCGGAAUAGCGGAAUAAUCGAAUUUUUCUAUCCAACAAAGAUAAUAAAAAUGCGAUUUAAUUUCUCGUUUAUUUAAUGCGAUAUAAGUGAAUGUUCAAAAUUUUUACUUGUUUCGAACUUCUAUUACAAAUAUUUGCAGCAAUUUUUAACUUUAUAUUUACAUAUCUUAUGAGCAUUAUGAGUAAGCUAUUGAAAAAAAAUGUUACACAAACCUGAGGAAUAUGUGCGAGAAUUCUAUGUGAUGAAAAAUAAUUGCCUUCGCGGCAAAGAUUAGAUAGAAUGUUACUAUCUAUGAUGCGCAUUAAUUAGAUCAUAAAUUGUGUACAAUGUUAUUUAUAUAUUACUCUGCUAAAUUUUAAUAUAAAAUGUAGAAUAGCCUUGUUAAGCAUUAAUAUUAGCAUGAAUCUUGUUGAAUGAAUGUUUAGACGCGAUUGCGUUACAUAUGUUGUUUCCAUUUUCAAAAAUUUGGAGAAUUAUCUCUUAUAGAAAAUGUCCCAAAAAAGUGCGAACUGACAGCGGAAAAUACGUCGUGCGGACAAAUUGUAUAAAGAUAUUAGUGAAGAUUUAUAAUCAGAGAGCCAUCUCGAAUACGUCAAACGUUGGAAGAUUUCAAGAAACGUGGGUAGAUACUGUCAUAUCAUGUAUAAGAAGAUAUUGUUUAAACGAUUAAAUAAUAGACUACUAAUAUAUAUAGAUAGUAUGAUAAUUUUUAAAUGUUUAGAAGAAAUUUGCUGUAGUGAAAUUUUUAUCAUAGGAACAGCUAUGCUAAGAUAUAUUUAGGAUUAUCACUAAGGCAACAUGUCAGUAACACACGAAACGAAAUUAAGACUUUAUUAUUUGAGCUGUAAGAUAUCUUCAUCGAAAAACAAAAAUAUUGAGAAGCCUUAAAAUUAUUCUGCUGCUGUUUCAUGGGCUUUCUUGGGAUGUCCCACAUACACACACACACACACAUAUUGGCACAUAUUUAGUUCUGAUAUAUAACAUAUUAAUGUACCACUUAUAAAUGAAAAAUUGCGUUACAAUUUAUAUACAUGAAAGAUCACAAAUUAAAAAUUUGCCUGUGUGCCCUAGCAGCGGGGCAUCAGAGAGAUCUGGUACCUAUUCCAGUGUUCUGUUUGAUGAUCAAAUGAUCCGAGUAAUUGUUAUGAUGUAUCGCGUGUUACAUAUUGAUAGCAACUAAAAGAGAAUCACUUUAAUUGAUAAUUACAUUCCAUAUUUUUUAUUUUCUGUAAACAUAUUGCAAGAAUAAAUAUCAGAUUUAAGUUGAAA